AUGGGCACUCCUCUAGGGUCGACUUGGACGGAUACAUCGCUCAGCGUUCUUGCACCGAAACCUUUGCCUUCAUCUUCAUCCUCCGAUUCCUCAACUCCCCGUAAUUAUGCUGUUUUGAAGCCGAAGUCCUGCCUUGCGUGUCGAAAAAGAAAGGUCAAAUGUGACAGGCAGCUCCCCUGCGGCAACUGCUCCCGAUGGACUAUCGAAUGCAUAUUUCCGUCCCCGAUCCGAAGAUGCCCACGGGCCCGAACCAAAACAGGAGCAACGCGCUCGCGUGGCGACCAGGCGCUUCAGGACAGGAUCCACAUGCUCGAAGCACAGGUCUCUGAGCUGACUGAGACCGUUAGCGCGCAAGCUGAGAGGCUCCGACAGGUCACUACACCCGGGGGUUCGAUGUUCCCCUUAAGUCACACCUGGGCUCAUUCCGUUGCGCCAUUGAAUCCGUCUUUAGCGCUAGGGCAGACAUACUGGCAAGUAUUUCUGGAGAGGGUCGACCCACUAAUCAAGGUGGUUCAUCGGCCCAGUGCGUCUCGGAUCCUGCGAAGCGCCAUAGACAACCCUACUUUAUUGAAUGAGGGUCAGGGCGCGCUUCUACAAGUAAUAUAUCUCGCUUGUAUUUCCGCCAUGGACGAGGCCGACAUACAGGCUAAUCUACAAAUGUCCAAAGCUACGGCAGUCUCUACCUACCGUAUGGCAGCCGAGCAAGCCCUAGCUCGUGCAGGGUUCCUCACCACCAAUGACUGGAAUACGAUGCAGGCUCUUGUCUUAUUCAUUGCUUUAAGUCGACUGCAGAACAAUCAUAAAUCUGCAUGGACCCUCGCUGGUCUUGCAGAACGCCUAGAUAUCUCUCUAGAAGAAGAUGGCUCGCGCUUCGGCGCCGAGAUGCGGCGUCGCCUACGCUGGCACAUGUGGUAUCUAAACCGCCGUAUACAAGAUGACCGAGGCUCAAACCCCAACAUCUCUCCAGUAGGAGUCGAUCUCCCUCUCAACUGCCGCGACACCGAGCUUACCCAAACCAUGACCACCCAACCAAAUAUGCAUCAUGGCUGGACGGAAAUGAGCUUCUGCCUCCUCCGCUACGACCUCGCAACGACAGACCGGAUCGUCGAAAGCGAUGUCCCCUGGCUCAUCAAAACAAAAGCCGUAAGAGAAUGCCAGCACAGACUGCACACCCAGUAUCUCGCCUACUGCGACGGCAGCGAACCCAUCCACUGGCUCGCCGGCCACAUAUCCUACGUGAUGAUCACAGAGAUGUGGAUGAAGCUCUUUAGCCCGCAGUUCUUCGCCUCCUCUCCAUCCUCCCUUGACUCCGAGGCCACUUCAGCCCACGCAGUCCGCGACCAACUCUUCGACGCCGCAGUCGACAUCCUCGACACUCAAAAACGCCUCGAGAAAGAGAUCGCUGCCCACAACUGGGAGUGGACGCUCAGCGGCUACUUCCAGUACGUCCCCCUAGCCUUCCUCCUGAACGAACUCCGCUGGCGGCGCAGCGAUCCGCGGACGGACCGGGCGUGGGAAGUUGCGGAGCGAUCAUUCGGGCGGUGGUCGGAGGAGGCGAAAAGGUCUGUUCAUGGGGUUAUGCUUACGGAGCUUAUGAGUAGUGUGCUGGUUGCAAGGCAGCAGGCGAGUGAGUUCCAGUCCAUUGCGGACUCGUAUCUUGUUCCCGAUGAAGGGGUCUUUGACGACGCAGGUGGGUUUUCAGGGCUGGGCCAGGAUGAUGUUUGGCCGGGUUUGUUGCCGCAGGAUAUGUUUCAGUUUGGGUUGCCGGUUGAAAGGGUUUAUCAGGUUCAGUAG